AUGCCAGAAGACAAAGUGGCUGUGAUUGGAAGUCAAGAUGCACAAAUGCAGACUGACUUAGGCGCUAGUAUAAAGAGCUAUAUCCUCUCGGCUCAAUUUGCCGACCUUACUAUUCGCACUGUCGAUCAAGAAUUCAAAUUCCAUCGAUUGGUCGUUUGUGGCCAGUCAGAGUAUUUUUCUCGACUAUACAAAGGAGAAUGGACGGAAACGAAUGGAAACGAGGUCUCUCUCCAUGACGAUGACCCUUGUGCCAUACAGGCGAUGAUUCAUUUUAUGUACGGGUUUGACUAUGAUAGCAGUGGUAGCGAGCACAGUCGUGCGCCACCUAUGCUGUUUAAUGUCAAGCUGUACCAGAUCGCGGAUAAAUAUGUCGUUCCGCAUCGAAAACAAAAAGCAAAAGAAAAAUUCGAGACUAUUGUGCAGACGUGCUGGCGAGUGUCGAUACCCAGAGCGACCGACCUGAGUGCUCAGCAAACACAAGGGGGUGGACAUAACUGGGUUCACCUGUGGUUAGCGCAGGCCUAG